AAACAUGUCUAACAGAGAAAUGGUAGCUCUCCAUUCUAAACCCAUUCAAACAAUACAUUACAUCCGCUUGAUGAGAUCUCCAUGAACAUUUCUUUUACUGGAUAAACUCAGAUGUUAUUAUACCAUGGACGGAUUGAAACAUGAACAUACUGAAUGAAAACACAUUUUUAUUAAUGCAGUUCUAAACCAGCUCCUGCUAAUUUCUCAGAAUGAACCUUACUGGAACAGACGUUUCUAUGGAUGCUCCUUUUAGUCCGGAGCAAUCCCUACCUGCUGUAUCUCGACAACAUCCAGUCACAGAAGUAACUCCUGCUAAAAAGAUAACUUUCUUUAAGAGUGGUGACCCUCAAUUUGGUGGAGUUAAAAUGGCCAUCAACCGGCGUAGCUUUAAGAGUUUCAGUGCGCUCAUGGAUGAUCUUUCCAAUCGCGUACCUUUACCAUUUGGCGUUAGAACAAUCACCACUCCUCGGGGAACACAUAGUAUACAUAGACUUGACCAGCUUCAAGAUGGAGGUAGAUAUAUCUGCUCUGAUAAGAAAUAUGUGCAUCCAAUUGCUAGCAAUGGACCAUGGCGCAAGGGAAGCCACCACAGACCGAGCAGACCACUUAGUGCCCGAAAACAACUUCAACAGGAAGAACUGGUUGAGGACCAAUAUGCCGCUCAUGCCCAACAGGCAUCAAAGCUACAUAAGAAAAUCACUCUGGUGAAAAAUGGGGAUCCAAACUUUCGCCGUCCAAUUAUUCUUAACCGUAGGAAUGUGCGUAGCUUUAAAGCAUUCAUUGAGGAUGCUUCAGAUCUACUACAGUACACAGUAAGAAGACUGUACACAGUGGAUGGUAGGCGGAUUGACAACAUUCAAGGAGUUCUGCAGGCUCCUACAGUACUCAUCUGUGUUGGACGAGAACCUUUUAAACCUAUCCAGAUUGAAACUGCCAGAAAAAGUAUAUCUGAAAAACUGCCGGGGCUUCACUCUCAUCCAAGUAUCACCACCGAGGUAUUGGACAACAAGAAAAAUGCAAACUUUGGACUGAAAACGAAGAAGAGUGUGAUUCAUCCCCGGUCUGCCUCAAGCAGUAAAACCAGGUUUUCUAUAUCCUCUGACAAAUCCUACCCAAAUGGUCUCAACAUGUCUCCAGUAAACAGCGGCUUUGCAUCUUUCACCAAUGAAUGUCCACAUAUGAAAUCAGAAGAUGGCGCCCACUCGUUAGUCAAUGACGAUAUUGAGAAAAAGGUUCACGUCAACAAAGAUGGAAGUCUUUCAGUUGAGAUGAAAGUUCGCUUUCGUCUCUUAAAUGAAGAAACAAUUCAGUGGUCUACCCAGAUAAAAAAAUCAAGCACAUUAGGAAAGACAAAAUGUGAACAGCUCUGUCUAUGUGAUGAUGAAGAUUGCUUGGAGACCAAAAAAGAAAUGAACUCUGAAUUUUAUUCUGAAACAGAUGAUUCAUUUUACCCAUGUGAUGCAGACUCCUACAGCUCAAAGAUUUAUGAUCCAGAAUCAAAAGAUAUGUACUGUGCCAACUGCGGCAUGCAGUGUCAGGAUUAUAAUAUUUGGAAGAAUCCUAUGCAUUCCAACCAGCCCGAAGAAGACUACAUCAAGAGAAGAACUUGGCAGACUCGAUCAUCUGCUUCUAGCACAUCUUCUCACAGAAACCUAAAAAAGAAUCAGAAAAGAUCAAUAAACAGCUCCCAUACUAUGUCUUCUGAAGAAUAUACAGAACGCAUUAUUCAUACAUCUUCAAGUUAUUCAGAAACAAGAGAAAACAGAGGAACAAGGGUCACAUACUCAGCUGUAAGCCAAUGUACAAGUCGACGCAGUCAGUCAGUUACCUCCAAUACAGCUGUAACAUCAGAAAAUGAAUGCACACAUAUAGAGGAGGGCGGAAAAAAGCCAUGUCCCAGUUUAAGGAGCUCCAGCUCUCUUCAGCAUCAGUGCUCUGAACCUUUCUAUGGAACAGCAAAUUUAGUAAGCCAAAAUGGUAGCUUUGAGGAUUAUGUUGAAACCUCAUCAAGACCAUGUUCCAACAGUGAAGAUAAUUGUAUCCAGAGAAUAAGUGUAAUUUCUCAAUCUACAGCACCACAUGAAAAAUGUCAUAGGAGACUUAACAAGAAGGAAAGCACAAGUGCAAAAAGUCUCCAGUCACGCAUGAGCUGUGGAGAGGAGAGUGAUCAAAACACUAGAUCAACACCCAUAAAGAAUAUUAGGGGAAUAUCAAAUGAAAAGGGUGACCUUGAAGACACAUACGAUACUGAAUGUGCAGAUCACUCUAUGGUAAACGGGAAAGAAAGUAAUGAAAUGUUUUGUGAUGGGGAAAAUAAUGAAUUUGCAUUAAAAUCUUCAAGAACUGAUGUUAGUGACUAUGAAAAGUCUUCAAGAGCAUCAUCCCGUAUGACUGAAACGUCUAAUAAAAAAAGUUUGCAGAAGAGCAGAAGUGGUCAAGGCAAUGAACAAGGCUCUUGUAAAUCUAUAUGCUCAUCUUUGCUCUCCAAGCAAAAUAGUGACAUUCUAGAUAAUGCUAGCAAUGGACUAUAUGGUGGUCAAGAAAGGCUACAGAAAGCUAGCUCACCUACAGAAUCAAAUGCAAACUUAUUAACUAAAAAACGCCAACAGACUUUGCAAUCUAACAAUUCCCUUCAGACUGUAUCUUCUAUUACAGAAUCCAAUUCAUUUCAUGAGCAAGACAACCCAAGCAAACCUUGUAGCCCUGAAAUUCCUAGAGACUCCCAGCAAAACCAGGAUGACUGCAUGUUAGAAGAGGGUAAGGUCAGCCUUCCGAAUUCACGGCCAUCAAGUAAAUCCCAGUCUUGUAGUUCUAAAUGCAAUUGUAUCAGCUGUCCAGAAAAUGGUAAUCUUUAUAGUAUGAGUUCUAGAGUGUCCACAGUUUCUGAACAAAGAAGCAAGCAUUCUGAGUCCUCUGGGCCAUGUAACCAUGGGUCAACAAAUGUCAGGAUAGAAGAACAGACCGACUCAAAAGUGCAACCAGACUGCCACAGUCAGAAUGCUGAUGUAUCAAGCAAAGCAUCAGAUUCAGAGUUUGAAUGUACUUAUAGCCCUUCACCACCAAAAGGAUGCCCAAUCAACCGGCAUCUGAGAUUGUCUAAGUUUAAACAUUCCAGUGGCAGUGUUAGCAGUGAACAAGGGAAGACUAGUGAGAAAGGAGAAAAAUCAGUUAGUUCCCGGUCUUCAACACCUGGUUCCAAGGGAAUUGAGGCAUCAAGAGCUAGUACAGAGACUUGCAAAAAAAUUAAAAACAGCAUUAACAAUAGUGCUGAGGAAAUAAAUAGUAAAAAACGCAAAAAUAGCUCUAGUUCCUCAAAAAGGAAAUUGAAAAGUGAGAAUGUUGAUAACGACAAUAAAAUCCAUAGUGAACUCAUUCCAUCUGCAUUGCCAAAUGUGUCUUCCGAGGAAGUUGUUCAUGAGUGGCUAAGAAAGAUACCUUCUCGUACAAUGGUAGUCGAUUAUGAAGUUGAAGAUUGUCAGACAAAGGUAUGUCAGGAGUCCCAUUGUGAAAUAUUAAAUAAAGACCAGGAAGAUGUUAAGAGCUAUAAAGAUUUAGUCUUAGAAACACAAGUUUGCAAUCUAGCGGAAAACGAAGGAACUAGUUCAAUAACAUAUAUUAGCGAUAACAUUACCCCAGAUGUAAAAAAUGAAAAGAAGGACGAAAAUGAAGCAUUAAAUGACGCACAAACCAAUAAUAUUAAAGGUAGCAGUGUACCAAUACAUUCAACGUGUGACUUAAAAACUCUCCCAAGUACUAUACAUACCUCUGUCCAGAUAAUGAAAGCAUUGCUAAGCCCAUCACAAGAAUCUAAAUUUGACAGGUGUAACAGUUUACCUGAAGUAUCCCCUGUGAAGGGACAAAGGCUCAGUAAUUCUGCAAAGGUUUUGAUUUCUUGUCUUGCUAGUCUUCAACUUUUAGAUGAGAACCCAAUAGAUCCCACUAAAAAAGCAAAUGAGUUAAACAAACCCAAGUACACAGAGUUGAUGGACAUAUUUCAGGCUCUGUGGGCAGAUGGUUUGCCUAGCAAGAUUGCUGCAGACAUUAAACCUGGUAAGAUCUACUCUCGGGAAGAUGAACUAACUCCAGUUUCAUCCUCUGGAGUGGAUGUCAACAGUGGUUUUGGGGGUUCCGGAGAUGGUAGCAUAGUCGGUGGUGGUGAGUGUCCUGUAGUAGCUGAAAAGGCUGAAGAAGGGGUUUUAAUAAAAGCAGCUAUGAAUACUAAAACUACAAAUAACAUCACAUCAGUUGCUCAACAUGCUGACUCUACUGUACAGAAUACAUUAACUAAAGACUGUGAAAAACCUGCGUGUCAUGGUGAAGCAGAGUCUGUAUAUGUAGAUGAAAAUAUGAAUGAGAAAAAAAUAAAUCACAGAGACAGUUUGCCAGAAGAAGAAUCUAGAAGUUCGGUUGUAGAGAAUUUAACAAAUGGUAGCUGUAAUAAUGUUAAUGGUGAUGAGACAGUAAACCUGGAGCACAGUAUUUGUAGUAAUGAUAAACUGAACAACCUUAGCCAUAUUGAAAAAAAUCCAGAAUCAAAUGAGUCCAAUUCACAGGAGACAAACUGUAUUAAUUCUCCAAGUGAAUGUCAGUCAACUGUUGUAUCUUCUGAUUCAAAUGGAAAUAGUGAGACAACUAUUGAUAAGCAAUCAUAUGAAGCUGAUCCAGUAUGGGUACUUAAACUACUGAAAAAAAUUGAGAACACAUUUAUGACUCACUAUGUGGAUGCUAUGAAUGAAUUCAAGGUCAGGUGGAAUUUAGAGGACAAUGAUAAUCUUGAUGAAAUGAUUGCAGAGCUUAAGUCUGAAGUAAGUCAAAGAAUCCAAAGGAGUAUUUCAAGUGAGCUUAAGAAAAUACAAACCCGAGCAGGACACAAGGUGCCAAGACCUCCAAAUGAAAGCUUAAGGCGCAAAUCUUCCUUACAAGCAGAAGAGAGAAGAAAACGGCUGCAAAGUAUGCACAAACGAUCAGUUAUGCUUCCUGCAAAUGGAGAGAACAGGGAAAAUGGCACAUACGAUCUUUCAUGCGAAACUGAUGAAGAAGACAUGACUUUCAGUGCGUCAUUUGGAAAUGACCUCAAUGGACAAUCAAAUGGUGAAGAAUUUUGUCCAUGUGAAACAUGUAUAAAGAAAAAAAGGAUUUUAAAGUUAGAAAAACCCAAAGCUGUUAUUGUGGAUGCCCCUAUUAUAAAAGCAUUUGAUCUUCAACACAUUCUAAAGAUGAAAAAAGACUAUAAUGAAUGUACAAACGGUGACACAACCAACCCUACAGUAGAAAAGUGCAAAACAGAAACUGAUGAUCCUGGUGUAGAUGAGAAGGGCUGCUUAACUAAUUCAGAAACGGAAGAUCAUCCAAAUUGGGCAAAGUCAGGAUGCUCCAUAGGAGAAGAUGAAACUGCUGGUCAUAACGGCCAUGCAUCAGAAACAGAUGAUAAUAAAGAUAGUACUGCAAAUAAUGUUCAGGGUGAAGUUGACGAAAAUAUAGAAUAUACUGGGACAGAUGUCAAGCCUGAUGAUGACAUGGCAGAGAAACUAGAAGAGAACAACAAUAAACAGCUGGAGAAGAGUUCAAGCAGUGCAUCUCUAAGUGCCAAAAUGUUGACCUUGGGUUGUUCACCUGAACAUGAAACAACUGACAUCUGUGAAGAGAAUCAACAUGAUGAGCAAGAAGAAGGCUCCACUGAUAUAAAUGAAGACCCUAAUGUAGACCAAGAUCCAAUAUCCGUGGUGAAAAAUGAAGAAAUGAAAGAGGAUUCAGAAAAUGGAGAUGAGCUAAAGACAGAGAAUAGAGAGGGCGAAGAACCAGAAGAAAGUUAUGAGGGUGAUGUAAACUGCAAAGAAAAUGAUAUGAAUGAAAUGAGCUCAAAUGAAAAUAUUGAUGGAGAAGAUACAGAACUGCUUGAUGCUAAUAAUUACUGCUUGUCUAAGCCAUGUUUGGGCCAGCAUUCACUCAUUACUCAGAAUGGCGCUGCUGAAGAUGCAGAUGGAGAUUAUAUUGGAAUUAAAAACAGUACAGGUGAGACAUCACCCAAUAGAGACUCAAAUAGUUCAGGCAGCAAGCAGUGCCAGAUGUACCCAGUUAGCUCCUCAGAAGAUGAGAGAGGAGACUCAGAAUGUACAAGUCCCAUUGGUAAUUGUAAGAAUGAUGCUAUGGGCAGAAUGAAUGUAAACAAGACAGGAAGCUUUGAGCAGUCUGAAAGGACAUCAAGAAGGGAUUCACAAGAUGAAACCAUUGACCAAGAUGACUUUGACUUUUAGCUUUUUGUGUUGCUAGUGCCCAACUCAAAAAUACCAAGCAUGGUAAUAAUAAACAAAUAUUAACAAUAUUAUGCUGCUACUUCCCAGCUCGGUGUUAUGAGAUAUUUUAUAUUCCAUAAUUAGACUCUUUCUGGAAAAUUGCUUUCUAAGAAUGUCCAGAGCAACAAAAAAAAGGACAACUAAGUACUCCUCGCUGCCAAUGAAAUGGAUUAACUAAUGCUGAAUGAUAGAAAACUCAUAGCUCCUUACCUGGCGUACUGACACAAAUGUAGAUAAACAUCUUACCUAAUGAUGGUCAUCCUUGGGAUCACAGAUACUUGUGAGCUGCAUUAACCAUGAUGCUCAGCCAGUGGAGGUUUGCCAUCAGUGGUCUAACUCUUUCAGAGCCCUACGACCGGAUUGCUUUGACAUUCUUUUCAUUAUGUCUUGGGCAUAAAAUAUUGCAUAUUCUGUGUGUACCAUGCUAUGUCUCUGUAUAUUUCUUAAUUUUGUAUGCAAAACAUGACUUUAACUCAGCAAAUGUAGUAGUGGUUAGUUGAGAACACGUUUCAUUAAUAGAUUAUAUAUUUAUUUAGCCUCAUCUCGAAUGUCAUCGUUCAAAGAACAGGAAUACAUAGUUCCUGUAGAACAGAAUAAAAUAACUACCAUUAUUUAACAACAAAUAAAAUACAUAUAAAUAUGCAUGCGAUAUAUAUACUGUGUAUCAUAGAUUUAUACAAUUUGCAGAGCAAAUCUACCUCUG